AUGGAAACUGUUUCGUCGGAGUAUUCCAAACGUAUCUACCAGGGAGUUCGUGUCAAACACACUGUCAAAGACCUGUUGGCGGAGAAGAGAUCCAGGCAGACGAAUGUGUCUUACAAAUACAGCCCCGCAAGCAGUUCAGCUCCACCACCAGCCUUUGUGCAGAUGGCUGGCUCGCACGUGAUACCCAGUUACUACGGAGUAAGGAGGCCGUAUCUGUCGGAGUCAGAGCUGACUCACUGUUAUCCAUCUAAACAAUACACAGCGGACGUGUACUCCUCAUCUCUGGGUGGGAAAUCCUUCCCGUGCGAUGGCUCGGUCACCGGGUACCCACCAUUGUUUGACCCGUAUCUCACGGAAUCUUUCGGAGACUACAGGACAUCAGCGUUCCCACCCGGCACCAGCUCCAUCUUCACAUCGCAGGGGCUCCCACCUCUCCUUCCUCCCUUCUCCAACGAAUCCUCACAUUACCUGCUGAGGGAUUCGUGGGAGAGCAUUCCUGAUAGCUCCAGCCAGGGUGAGGGAGUCUGCCCCGAUGUGAUUCACCAGAUGCAAGUUGCUUCAUCCAGCUGUCAGCCCCCAACCCACGGCAGCCCAUCCCUGCCCAGCCCUGAGAUCUCCUCUCUAUCUCAGUACAGGAACGGGAACCGCAACAACCUCCCAUCGAACCAAGGGUCGACCCAGCCCUACCCUAUGCCCUCCCUGGAAGACAUGCACUUUGCUUCCAGCUACCAAGGCUCUGCGUACACCUGCCCACCCUUCAUGACUGUGCCAUCAGAGCUGGCUGUCAAGAUGGCCCAUCUCUCCUCUGAUGAGCCCAACGAAACAUCCAUGCCCCUGCACGAUGCAUCCCCCUGGGCAAAGGAAGACCCCAACACCUGGUCUUCAUAUGAGGUCAGGCGGACUUACUGA